UAGAAACCGCGUAUAUUUGUUGUAUCGUGGUAGAUUGUUUGUUUAGAUAAAAUGUGAUCGUUACUUUACUCAUACGUAUAACUUCAUAUUUUUAUUCAAGCAGCACAAUGGCAGAGCACAGCAUAAAAUUCAUUCAACAAUCGUCCGAAAAUGAAUCUCUAGUCAGCGUUCACAGUAAAGCAUUUCAGGCUGUGUCGGAUAGCCAACUGGAACCUGUGUGGGUGUCAGAGCAGGAAUGUCUUGCAUUGAACAGAAAUGUGCGCGGGGAUGUUUACAUUAUGCACACAUUCAGUGGUGCAACUUUUGAACACCUCCAAAAACUAGGCUCGAGGAUCGUUGGACCAAGAUGUGUACUAUGUUGCCUGGAAAAAGAAAUUGCACUGCCCAGAGUGAACCACCCUGUGAUGUCAAUAGUGAUGCAGCACAUGAUUAUCAACUGCACGAGCCUUGAGAAGGAUGUCAGGGAUGAUAUCAUGAAGAAGGCAAAGAUGAUGUGUGCACAGGUGUCGAAAGAUUUCACUCCAGUUGUUACCCAUCUUGUUUGCGGAGAGGUGGGCUCCAAAAAGUACAAGGUGGCGACAAACAUGGGCAAGCCUGUGCUGCGGCCAGACUGGGUUUAUCACUGCUGGGACAAUGGCUGCAUUAAAGACGUUAAGCCAGACAGUGAGGAGCUACGUAAAAAAUACAGGUGUCCGUCAUUUGCUGGUCUCACCAUCUGUGUGUCGCAGUUGGAUGCCAGAACGAAGCGAGAGGUCAAGGAGAUGGUGGAGGCCGAAGGUCGCAUGUCGACGCUGGCCAACAUGAGCGCGAUCAGCGACAUCAGCGCGUGCACCGUCAACGAGACGGCAAUGACCACCAUGCUGAACGACUCGACGAUGCCGCCGCCGCCGCCGGCGCCACCUAGGGACGCGUUCGACGCCCUCGAGCUGCGCCACGUCGUCGGCGACAUGUUUCUCGAUGGAUGCAAGAUCUACCUGAGCGGCUUCUCGCCGGGGAGGCUGGAGAAGGCGAAGAUGCUGAUCAACGUGGGCGGCGGCACGUGGUACAGCGAGCUCACCGACAACGUCUCCCACGUCGUCAUGUGCGGCGCCGUCGACGCCAUCACGAGCCGGCUGCGGGCGGGCAGCGCGAGUGGAUGGUGCAGCAGCAUGACGAAGGGAAGUGGUGCUCGGACCCGCACAACUACGUGUGGGCCUGGACCUGGACCACAAGCGGCCGCCGCCGCAGCGAAGCAGAAAGAAAUACAGAUGCAACCUUACGGAAGAAGUAAGCGUUGUGACAGGCACCCGUUCACAGGGGCAGACGACAUGUCCCUGAUGAGGCCCAGUAUCUACGACAGGACAAGCCAGAGCACGAUGGUGAAUGCGAGAAGCAGAGCGGUGGCAGACUACGGAGUCGUGCCCAUCACGGGCUGCCCGGUCGCCGCGACCGUUGGAGAGAUCGUCACUAACUGCUGGCUGCAAAUGUGUCUGGAGGAGGCGCACCUGUACGACGGUAACGCUAACGAGCUGUUCACACCUGUCGACGUCGACCUGCAGUCCGAACCACUCGCCGACUGCGUCAUCUCCAUCAGUCAGUUCUCUGGGACGGAGCGCGAUUGUCUGAUUCACAUCGCCGAGAUGCUGGGUGCAAAGUGCCAGGAGUACUUUGUGCGCAAGGGUAAGAGGACUGCGUCGCUGGAGCCGAGCAGCCAUCUAGUUCUGCUCGCGCCCGAGGGCAGCAAGUAUGAUGCUGCGUGCAAGUGGAACCUGCCCGCCGUCAGCAAGCAUUGGCUGCUGGAGUCUGCGAGAACAGGCCGGAAGUGCCCCGAGAAAGAUUACAUCAUCGCCCCGGCGACGGAGCAGACGACUGAAGAGCUGCGGGUGCUGCCGCCUGGUGUGCCCGAGGAGAACCAGCAAGAUGAGAAUGAGAAUGGAGAGGAGAUAAACACGAGUGGGAAGGAGAAUACGGACGUUCGCGGCCAGGAUGGCCAACAGAUGGCGCCAGCUGCGAGCUUUCAGACGCCAAAGAUCGAGAAUCUACGAGUGAAGGCGCUCAAGGAUGCGAGCGUGUGCAGACGCAGCAACGAGCAGGACAGCCCCGGCGUUGAUUCCCCGAGCAAGUUCCUCGAUCCCAACGUCAGCUUCAAGCCCACUUACAACGUCGCGGCUAUGUUGGAAUUGCUAGCAACACCGGAAGAAGAGAAGAGAGCGAAAACAAUGCAGUUGAGUCCUACGAUGGCAGAGCUUCACGAGCACCAUUUUACGAUCGGCGUAGGUCUGUCGCGGCAGACACCUAAGGGCCGGGAGACGGUGCUCAGCCAGAAGAUGGAGACGCCUCAGGUACGCCGUGGGGAUUGGGUGUCAGGUGUGCUGCCACGCCCACGCCAGGUACGCCGCGGGGAUUGGGUGUCAGGUGUGCUGCCACGCCCACGCCAGGUACACCGCGGGGAUUGGGUGUCAGGUGUGCUGCCACGCCCACGCCAGGUACGCUGCGGGGAUUGGGUGUCAGGUGUGCUGCCACGCCCACGCCAGGGAAAGGCGAGUGACAACAACAAGGAGCUGCGGGCGGCGCGGCAGAAGGGCAAGUACGUGGUGGCACCCUCGUGGUUGCACGCGUGCCGCGACCAGGGCGUGCGUGCCGAGGAGAAGUUAUACCCACACACGUACAACCCCAAGAUGUCGCUGGUGAGCAUGUGA